CAUGGACACUUUAGGAAGUUGGUUCUUUGAAGGGGGUCAAGGAAGGGGAUGUCGAGGACGCGAAGUUUUGGAGCGCCCCCAGUUACCACACGCCCGAGGACCGGGUGGCCAUUGCCCGGAAAACUAUGGAGCAGGGGGAACGGCGCGAGAACAAGCACUCGGAUAAGCGGCCGGAUAAGUACGUGCCAAAGUUGUUCAGUCCCGAGGGGAAGCCCUACAACAUCAACCAGCCGAAAAUCGGGUUCAGACUCAACGACGAGGACGACCGCGACAACGUGACGCUGGAGGUCGCCCUGUACAGGUAACCAACGAUCAAAUGUUGGGUCGACUCGAGAUGAUGGAGGUGCAACGA